ACGUGGACUAGUAGUGAUUGUGAAAUGACCAAACGUGCGAUAGCUCUAAGCAGCACCGUACCGGAAGGUAGAUCGUCCAUCCUCAUACUAUACAGAUCGGAGGUCCAACAUCUAACGUGACGCGGCGGUAGCUCAGACUUUCACAAUUACAUAAACGCUCCAGCGGCUGUAGCUCUCCCAAUAACAAAUAGUACUAAAUUUAAACUGUGCCUUUUCACCACCAUGGCUUCAACAACCACUAAAGAAACAGAGAAGCACUGCGUCCUAUGCUGCCAAGAAGUCAAUAUCUUCGCCUUGGGAAAAUGCGACCACCCAGUUUGUUACCGCUGCUCCACCAAAAUGAGGGUGCUGUGCGACCAGAAGUACUGCGCCGUCUGCCGGGAGGAGCUCGACAAGGUGGUGUUCGUGAAAAAACUGGAGGCCUUCUCGUCUCUGCCCUACCAGCAGUUCCCCUGUGAGAAGAAGCACAGUAUCUAUUUCUGUGAUGAGAAGAUAUUUGCCCAGUAUAGGCAUCUGCUGUUGCCAGAAUGCCUCCGCUGUUCAGAGCCGAAGGUCUUCUCCAAGUUUGAGGAGCUUGAGCAGCACAUGAGGAAGCAGCAUGAGCUCUUCUGUUGCAAGCUCUGCACAAAGCAUCUCAAGAUCUUCUCCCAUGAGCGUAAAUGGUACAACCGUAAGGAACUGGCACGUCACAGAUUACAUGGAGACCCAGACGACACCAGCCACAGAGGACACCCGCUCUGCAAGUUCUGCGAUGACCGUUACCUUGAUAAUGAUGAGCUGCUUAAACACUUGCGCAGGGACCACUACUUCUGCCAUUUCUGUGAUGCAGACGGUUCCCAGGAAUACUACAGUGAUUACCCGUACCUGAGUGAGCACUUCAGAGAGAGUCACUAUCUGUGUGAGGAGGGCCGCUGUGCCACAGAACAGUUCACCCAUGCAUUCCGCUCUGAGAUUGACUACAAGGCCCACAAGGCUGCAGCACACAGCAAGAACCGAGCAGAGGCUCGUCAGAACCGCCACAUCGACCUGCAGUUUAACUACGCCCCGAGACAACAGAGGAGAAAUGAAGGUACGGUGACAGGUGAGGACUAUGAGGAGAUGCGUCAGACUCGAGGAGGAAGAGGAAGGCCUCAUGGGGGACAGAAAAGCUGGAGAUACUCCCGAGAUGAAGAGGACAGGGAGGUGGCAGCGGCUAUGAGGGCAUCCAUGGCAAAGUAUAGACAGGAGGAGAGAGGAGCCAUGCAGGAGAGAGGAGCCAUGCAGGAGAGAGGAGCCAUGCAGGAGAGAGGAGCCAUGCAGGAGAGAGGAGCCAUGCAGGAGAGAGGAGCCAUGCAGGAGAGAGGAGCAAUGCAGGAGAGAGGAGCCAUGCAGGAGAGGAUGGCUCCCAAACACUGCAGAGAGGAGAGGACGGAGAGAACUGAACCAGAAGAGCCCAGACACAGAACCGGACACAUCAAACCAAUAAGCAAACCUCCAGUAAGAACAAUGAAGACCGCUAAUCUAGGUGAUGAAGAAGAUGACUUCCCAGCUUUAGGAGGCAGAGCUGCUCCAGCCAUUGUAAAGCCAUGUCAUGCGACGCAAACAGCAGCCCAUGCAGCUCUGAAGGAAGACGACUUCCCUAGCCUCUCAGCUGUAUCUGUUGCAUCCCCUAUGACCCCAGCUUACUCUGCCCAGCCUAAGAAGAAUUCCUCUUUCCAGGAGGAGGAUUUUCCGGCGCUCGUGUCCAAAAUCCGGCCCCUCAAACACGCAGCUGGCACCAAGUCUGCUUGGUCCAACCAUACUGCUGUAACUAAACCCAGCUCUCAACCCCCACUGUCCUCUAGACCUCCUCCUCCUCUUUCAACUGCAUCUUCUGGCCCUCAGCUCCUCUCCUCAAACUCUUCAUCUUCACGGAGGAAAAAGAAGGUAGGCGAGAACGGAAAACCAACAUCUACCCGGUCUCCUCCUUCAUCCGAUGAUGAUAACAACGGAGGAGUGACUCAGCAAGAGUUCCGUUCAGUGCCCACCAUGAUGGAUAUCUCCUCUUUGCUCACUGUUAAAGGAGGCAAGAGCAAACCCUCCGCUGUGACCACCAACCCUCCAAAUCCAACCCCCAACACUCCCCCUACCUCCAAAGCCAGCAAGAAGAAAAAAACGCAGAAGAACACGUCUGAUCCCUCUACAUCGGUGUCUUCGAUGUCAGGGACGACACAAACUGUAGUUGCAAACUCAGUGGAAACAGCAGCGCAAAAGGAGAACGUCCCUGAGAAAAGUUGGAGCAAACCCCCCUCCAGUGCUGCGACAGCACCACUGAUGAGUGGAUUGGCUAAUGGCCACCCUGAGAAAUCACCACCCAUUAGUGAGGAGGCAGUUGCAAUAACCCUCCAUCCCAAGCCAGAUCCCCCUCUUGAUCAGGAGGAAGAGUUCCCUGCUCUCAUGACCAAGAACCCACCACCAGGCUUCAAGUCCUCCUUCCCGCUGAAGGCCUCAGCUUCUGCCCCAUCCCCAUCCCCAGCUUUGCCCCCACCUCCACCUGGCCUGGGCAUCUCAGCCACUAAACCUCCCCCAGGAUUCACUGGGAUCCCCCUCAACAGCAAUGUGGUGGAGCCCGCUCCGUCUGCAGUCAACCCGCCCCCCAAGGUGUCAAGCAGUGGUUACCUGGUGCCAGAGGACUUCCAUCAGAGGAACCUGGAGCUAAUCCAGUCUAUUAGAAAGUACCUCCACAACGAUGAGUCAAAGUUCAACCAGUUCAAAAACUUCUCUGCACAGUUCAGACAGAGUGUGAUAUCAGCAGUCCAGUACCACAGCAGCUGCAAGGACCUGCUCGGAGACGACUUCAACCGCAUCUUCAACGAGCUGCUGGUGCUCUUGCCAGACACUGGCAAGCAGCAGGAGCUCCUGACUGCCCAGGCAGACUGUAAGGCGCUGGAGAAGCAGUCAGGCACUGGAGGAGGAAAGAAGAACAAGAACAAGAAGAACGCCUGGCAGAUGCCGACCGCAAUGGCUAACGCGGCAGCUGAGCUGGACUGCCAGGUGUGCCCCACUUGCAGACAGGUACUGGCCCCAAAAGACUUCAACUCCCACAGAACGCUGCACACUGGGGAAAAUGAGGAGUUCCCUUCCUUGCAGUCGAUUAGCCGUAUCAUCAGCUAGCCCCUCGAUUUCCUCUGCUCCGUUUGCCAUCGCGGGUCAGGUUUUCAGUUGCCCAUGCAGCAGCCAGUGUGGGAAAACAGCAGCCUGUUUGUUGGGGACCAUGUCCCAGUGGAGUUUGGGGCUUAUAGCUCAUAACAAAUUGGAAUUUAAGAUGGUUUAUGGUGUUACUACUUUCUAAGGGGAUCAUGUUGAUAGGUUUAUGUGAAUGGUUUCACAGUUUAAACAGUGUUGCCCCAUCUCAGCUCUUAUUUCCACUCGCAUCCCUCGAGGACGUCUCCAGCUGGCACUGGCACCGGCCACGUCGAACUACAACUCUUGAUUUAUUUAAUGAAAGAGGAGAGAAAAGCUAAGGCCUUACUUGAAUGCUUUGCUUCCUAAUACAAAAAUUGUAUUGAUUUACAUUUUUUACCUUGCUUUGUGUUUUCACUUAGACCGAAGAUGACAAAAUGUAUUUUGUUGGCAUCAAAGUUGAUAAAGUAUGUAUGAUUUCGCCAGCGGGGCUGCUUGGUUUAAAAACAAAAUAAACACAUAUGUUCGGUUUAA